AUGAACGCAAGCAGCGUCGUGAUGCCGGUGCCGGACAGUGCCGAGCCCAAGGCGGCCGACGAGGCGCGGCUGCCGGUGCUCGCAGCGACCAAGGCGACGGUCACCGAUGCGGAGCUCGACGACAUGCGUGCCAAAAUCCGCGUGCACAUUGGAGAGUCCAUUCGCGUUGCGCGGGCCCAGAAGCGGCGGCAGCAUCGGCGCAUCUGCGGCCUCUCACGCGCCGACGUCUAUGAGUGGGUUCGGUCUGUUCUCUGCUGCUCAGACGUCGACGCUGCGACGACGACCGACGAUUCGGACGCCAAAAUCCUCUCGACCAAGAAAUUUCUUAGUGGCGUCGAAGAGUUUGCUUGCCUCACGGACCGCGAACUCUCGCAGCUCGCACGCCUCACGGAGCUUCGCACCUUUCGACGGGAUGACGUGGUCUUGCUUAGCGAGGACAAGGCGGAUGGCCUGUACAUCAUCUUAUCGGGCAAGGCGUCGCGCUGCGUGCUGAGCGAAGGCUCCAUGGACAUGGCGAUCGAGCCCGAGAUGCUCAUGUACCAGGAAACCUUUGGCAUGGACGUUUCGCCCACGAUCGACAAGGACGUGGAGAACAUCGAGACGAGCAUCACGGCUG